CGGACUUCCAACUCGGACAUCACGAUCCAUAUAGGGCAAUUCUGUCAAUACCCAAGUGCUCAUUGCAUUUUUCGCACCUAAUUGAUAUACUGGGGACUAUACUCUGUCCCCUCCCGGUCCCACGAGGCCACGACUUUUCGCUCUUCGAACGACCGCAUCUCCGAAGAAGUCAAAACUCUACAUCUUCGAACUGCCGAACGGACAUCGCCCCCAAUUCAACAACCGAACACGGUCGUUUGAGGUCUCGGAGAGAUCGAUAUUUUCACAAAAAUGCCCCCCAGCAAUAUCAUACGGGCAAUGCAGCCCCUCCGAUCCUGCAUCCCCGCUUCCUUCCUCCAGUCGACACGGUUAGGCAACAUCGUCAGCCGCGCCGCUUCAACCACAGCCCCAGUCGCCAAACACCAACAGACAGCCCCCGAACUCACGCCCUCGCCGACCUACCCCUACACCCUCAAGACCGGCACUGUCGUCUCCGUUGGCCGCAUGGACCGCACCGUCCGCGUCAGCCACUCCCGUACAACCUGGGACCCGUACCUCCGCAAGACCUACCCCAAGAUCACGCACUACCUCGUCGCCGACCCCCGCAAUUCUCUCCGCGAGGGCGAUGUCAUCGAGUUCUCGUCCGGGUUCCCGAAGAGUCGCAAUGUGCGGCAUGUCGUUGAGCGGAUUGUGGCGCCGUUUGGGAGUGCGAUUGAGGAUCGUCCGCCUGUUAUGACGCGCGAGGAGCGCGAUGCUGUGCGUGCUGAGAAGAGGGCUGCUAAGUGGCAGCGGCGGGAGGCGAGGAGGUCGGAGGGUGGUGAGGUGCAGGGUGUGAAGGAGCAUAUUGGACGGAUCAGAGCACUGAUUUAUGAGAGGGUCGGUGAGCUCAGUGCGUGAAGGGGAGGGUUUUUGGGGUCUUCGGAAUCGGUAUCUGUAUGAGGGAUAUGAGAGUCUCCCUCCUGUAUAGGGAUUGCGAGAUAAAGUGUACUAUACUCUGAACAUUCAUGCUCUUUUACUGUUCUUUUGGAGAAUUGGCUCGUCGAAGUACAAGGCGAAAUAGCGAGGAAUUCGUUCAGAUCUGCCAUCAUCCUCGGUUGCUUACUUUGCCAGCUGAAACUGGCUCUGAAGUGAUAACUGU